AUGCCGGAUAGUGUUUCAGACUCAAAAUCAUUGGAGCUGCUCAACUCUUCUUUUUACUCAUCGAACUCAAUAAACACACUCGAUCAUGCUAGAACUUUUAGAAAUUCGUUGAUUUUAAAAGAGAUGUCAGAUCAAAGUUUAAAUUCGUCAAUAAAGCCAAAUGAAUCGUUUUCUGGUGCAACUGAAGGGAGCUCUGUUUUGCAGCACUCAUUUAAAGAAGGCUUAACCGGAGACUCAGAGGUGCAAACUGUUAAUAUGACAACCUCACCCUCAUUAAGUGCAUUGGCUGAUAUUUUAAAUGAAAGGUCAAAAUAUGCUGAUCAAAAAACUAGAAACGCACAAAAUAUCGAAUCGUCUAUAAUCGAAGAGGAAGAGGAUAGCCAAGAGCAAGACAAUAUGUAUAACCAUAACCACAAUGUAAGCGGAUCCAGACUCGGUAUACCAGAGGAGGCAAGAGGAAGCCUAGCAACAUCUUCACCUAAUCUUAUUGAUAUUGAUGGUUUCAAUAAUAUCCAAGCUGCUCCUUCCAGCUCACACUCAUUCGAAGAACCGGACUUUUUAUCUACUCCCAAGGUGAAAUCAGAUUUUCAUAAACCGGUAAAGAAAGUUCAUAUUCAACCUACAAUCGUAGAGCAAGAGAAUAGUCCGCCAACCAAACUUGAAAAUGAAAGCACAGUUCAUGCAGAAAUUGGAAAAUCCACACAAAAUAUACGACCAUUAAAUGAAAGUUCAAAACCAUUGCCUACUCCAAAGAAACUGAAAAACCCUAAAGUACGUUCAAAAAAACCUCAACCACGAAAAUAUACCGAUUCAUCAGCACAGAGAACCACUUCAGCAGGAUCCGUUCUUGAAGAUACAUCUGUGCAUAAAAAAAAAAAGAGUUUCUUUUCUUUCCUUAAAAAAAAAGAACCGAAAGCUACGGUCAAUAAUAAUAACGAUAUAUUAAAUGGGAGAAGUAGAAUGUCAUCAUCGAACACCUUUUCAAUGAAAAAUCAACAUCCCAUGAAAACGCCUGAAAAACUCAAAAAAAAAUCGCAUAGUAGUAGUAGUAUUUUUAAUUCUUUCCUCAAAGGGAAAAAUGACGCAUCAGAUUCACCUGGAAGGGAAUCAAUAAGGCACAAAAAACACACUGAAAAACCUGAUGAAACAAUGCAAGACUUAGAACUAACAGUUGAUACCAAUUCGAUAUCGUCUAUUGAAUCUCCUAUUUUACGAAAAAACUUUGACGAUGCUCCUGUGAAAGCAGAUAUUGUAACAAAACCAAUUGACCAAAGGAAGCUCACUCCCUUAAAUAUGGAUAUUUUACUGGGAAAUGAAGAACGGGAGAAAGGUGCCGAACAGAAACAACAAAGCUCAGACAGUGUUGCUAGUGAUGAUGUUUUAAUGCCGUCCAAGGACAACUUUUUGUCCUUGAACUACGAAGCUCCCUCACCAGCAUUUUCAAAGCAUGAUACAGGUGAAGUUCUUUUCCCCAAAUUUCUUGAUAGUCACGAAGUCGACUCGAUCGUUUCCUUAGAAAGAACAAGGUCUACAAAGUCUAACAAGAGAAGUUCAAUGAAUUCACAAAGAAGAUCGCUAACAGACACAUUAUCGAUUAAAGCACAAAGUGAGGGGAUGUUCAUUACUGAGGCAUCUUCAGUUGUAUUAUCUACCCCAGAUUUAACAAAAUCACCUGCUAGUAGCAUUUUGAAGAGUGGAAGGUUUGAAUGCCAGGACAGCUUUUCGAGGGAGUUUUCAUACGAAGGGAACACAAACGAAGAUCAUAAUGCUUUCUUAAAUAUAAGGAAUGAUAAUAACUUAUCGAAAAAUAACGACGUAUUUUUGAAUUCUAUUGAGCAAAAAUUUGACCAAUUGGUGAUGGCUUCUGAUGAAGAGAAAACUGAAGUUGAAAAAGAUAUACCGAAAGCAAAAAUAUCGCCUGUGAAGAGUAUUUCCGAAAGUCAGGAUCUGUAUGUAGACGAUGAUAGUGAGUUGAUUUCUGAUAUAAUGGAAUUUGCGAGUUUUAUUAAUUUUGGCGACGAUGACAUCAGUUUAGAUUUAGAUUUGGGAACCACAGAAGCUCCGUAUAAUCCUGGAAAGCCUACAUUACAGGACGAUAAAAAUGUGAGCAGUCCUGCUACGUUUGAUACAAGAAAUAAUCAAGAGCCUACUCGCGUGACAAGAGAACCACAGCCACAUAUUGCUGAAGAAGAACGAUUUGCUAUGUACGAAGAUGACCACCGAGACCAGUCAGCCAUCUAUCAACAAGACGACGGAAUAAUAGACGAUAACGACUUUGAAGAUGAGGAUUUCAAUAAUCAUACGGACGCACCUGUAGAGGUUACGCCCAGAAUCAAUGCAUAUCUACCAGAAUUUGAAGCCAAUAGGCCCGUUUCUAUGUCUUUCAAAGGUCUGAAAGCUCCAAGAAUGAACUCUUCUUUUAUUGAUUCCAUGACACCUAAUUCACCUGCGAAAUCAGAUAUAACAAGUAUUAGUGAAACGAAUGCUAAAGACAAUACUGACGAAGGGGUUAGGUUUUCGUCACAGAUAAUUCUUUACGAUACCUACGGGGAAUUUGAAUAUGAUAGGCACCCAGAGGUUUCCACCUGUAACCAACUAACUCCGCAAUUGGCUCAAAUGAUCAAAUUAGAGUUGAAUGAAUUAAAGAGCGUAAUGGAGGUGCACGACGAUUCAAGAUGUUACACACACUUCUAUUAA